AUGGCGGACUCGGUCACAGCUUCGUUGUCGUGCCCUGUGUGCUUCGAACGCUUUGCUUCAGCAGCCGGCGCGGCCUUUGCUCUGCACCUGGCGUCUUGCUCGCGCUCUUCCCCCUCGCCUCCUGACUCCCCGACGUCCGCGGCCGCUCACUGUCCGCGUUGUUUCCACGUCUACACAGCCGGCACGCUGCCCCACGAGAUCUCUUUCCAUGAGCACGAGUGCGCGCGCCGCCAGCGCAACGACGUACGCGUGGAGGCGGCUCCCAGCGUGACGCUCUUCCCGUCCCACUGCUUCUUGUGCGGCAACGGCGGGCGUGGCCUACUCCAUUGCGGUGGUAGCUGCGCUCGAUCAGCUCACCAGAAUUGCGUGAACCAGCUACAAGCGCCCACAGUUGGAGAGCCAGUGUCUCUGGCCGAGCGGAAGCAGGCGGCCGAGAACUGGAAGUGUGCGCAGUGUCUGAGAGGCCUACAUCGCUGCCAGCGCUGUGGCUUCAUGGGCCACGAGGCCAAUGGCAUGCGUAAGUGCUCUGUGCUUGACUGUGGCUACCAUUUUCACGAACAGUGUCUGCCGGACGACGAGACGGCGCACGCGGGCUUCGUGUGUCCACGCCACACGUGCGCGACGUGCGGCACCCAGGAGACCGACAUGAGGCGCUGUAAGAGCUGCACUGUGUGUGACCACAUGACACACUUGCGCUGUCCGAGAGGCAGCGGCGCCACUACCGGACCAACGAACAAUGGCGGCUUGGACCCGGCCCACCUGUUCGUGUGUACACGACACGACGCGGAGACGACCACGUCCCCGACCAGCAGCCCCGAUGCCAGUAACUCACUCCGACAGAGACUCGCAGCCGGCGACGUGGUACUGGUGCUUGAGUUUAACAACGCCCUGCUGCCGACCAGUGCCAAACAGGCGGCGCCCGACGCUGCCAACCACUGGGGCGUAAUCCUCUCGGCGGAAGAAGCGGAGCCGCAUGGACGUGGCAAUCAGCUACUGAGUGUCCGUAUGUUCGCAGAUGAAAACGUGCUGGUGGUGCCCAACCAGUACGCGCUGCGUGUGGCUAACGCGUCGGAUUUCUCUCGACCGGUGGACAUGCUUCGCCACUGUUUGGAACGUCACGCUAUGGUGGAGCUGCAGCUACGGCAGAUGGAUAGGAAUAUCGAUGCAGCAGAGGAGAAACGCAUUUUGCGUAUUAGUACUGCGGCGUUCGCUGCACGUCUUAAGGCGCUGGGUGUGACUGUAGCCCAGGCCACAAGCGACGCCGAGGAAGGACUUGCACGCUGGCGCCGGUUCCAGGCGCUGCCAGAGCCGCGUCAUUACGACGGUCUCGGAGACGCAGCACCCAGUUAUUUGUACAUCGACACCCGCCGAUGGAGACGUGUCCAUGACAGAUCCGGAUACAGACAGUGGUAG